AUGCCACGGGUAUACGCCGCUUUAGGCACAAACUUGGGUGACAAGGUGUUGAAUCUAGAGCAUGCGUUGGCCAUGAUAUCUCAAGAAGUCGGACGUUUAGAAGCCACGUCGCGUCUUUAUACCACGGCGCCGCAAUACGUGGAAAAUCAACCCGUUUUUCUAAACCUCGUGGCUCGAGUCCAGACGGAUUUGAGCCCUGAACAUUUGCUGCAGACGUUCAAGAGCAUUGAGAGAGAAGGUGGACGCACGCCUUCACGCAGAUGGGGACCAAGACUUAUGGAUGUCGACAUUUUAUUGUACGAUGAUGACCUGGAGCUGAAGACGCAAACGGGUAAAGGGCCUCUUAUUAUCCCACACGAACGCAUUGCCGAGAGAGAUUUUGUGCUUGCUCCAAUGUGUGACUUGGCACCGGAGUUGAUUCAUCCGGUGCACAACCUGUCAAUGCAAGAGCUGUAUGACAAGUUACGAGCAAGUGAACAACGUUAUGUGGCUCCAGUCCCAAUGCUGCCAGCUAUCAAAAGUGCACCUUGGUCAUUGAGGAGCAAAACGUUCGUGAUGGGGAUCGUGAAUGUCACACCGGACAGCUUUAGCGAUGGCGCUGAAUUGGAAACUGUCACUGCUGCCGUACAAAAAGCCUUGGAACUGGCACGUGCUGGUGUCAAUAUCAUUGACAUUGGUGGUGAAUCGAGUCGCCCUGGAGCGGAACAUGUGACCGAAGAAGAAGAAUUAAGGCGCGUGUUGCCAGUGAUUCGAGGCAUUCGAGAAAAGAGCGACGUGGCGAUUUCAAUCGACACGAGCAAGGCGGAAGUAGCGCGUCAAGCGGUGAAUGAAGGCGCGAACGUGGUCAACGACAUUUCUGCAGGUCUGAAUGACGACAUGAUGCUCACUGUCGUAGCAAAGCUUCGCGUCCCAAUUGUGCUCAUGCACAUGCGAGGCACACCGCAAACGAUGACGCGUCUCAAGGAGUAUGACGACGUGGUUGCUGAUGUUGCUGGAGCCCUUCGUGCACGCGUGGCGGCAGCAGAGGCUGCAGGUAUCUUUCGAUGGAACAUCAUCUUGGAUCCAGGAAUCGGCUUUGCCAAAGGUCGAGUUCUUAAUCUGAAGUUGUUGCGGGAGCUCGCAAGCCUCAAACAAAUGUGCCACGGGUUACCACUUCUGGUGGGUUCAUCUCGUAAAGGGUUCAUCGGCAAGAUAUGUGGGCGGCCAGAACCGAAAGACCGCGCUUGGGGUACCGCUGCGACGUGCUGCGCUGCUAUCGAACAAGGAGCGGACAUUCUGCGCGUACAUGACGGUGCCGAGAUGGUGGACGUAGCGAAAAUGUCGGACGCAAUUUGGCGGCAGAAGUAG